GCUAUCUCUUUUCUUUUGGUUAUGUACUCUGAAUACAAAAUUUUGCAAUAUUUUUUUUUACUUUUAAUUAACGAUCAACAAAUAUUUUAACUUAUUUUAUAUUCCUAUAUUCAGUUAAAAACAAUAUUUACAAAUUCGAAAACUCCAAUAUAACAAAAUGCAAGAAGAUUUAGAAGUCACUGGGAUAUCUCGCAGUGGUCGAGUUAGAAAGAAGAGUUCCAAGUUAAUGGAUUUCGAGUCUCCUGAUGACAUCGAGUCUAGAUAUCGAAGACAAACACCUGUGAAAUCCUUCAUGGGGUUCAAGCAGGAGGAGACACCCGAGUUUCAGCCCGAGCCUCAAGUGACGCCGAGGCCAACAGAGGAGGCAGGCACCGCCUCAGGGAGCGAGAGUGAUUACUAUGAAAACAAUGGAGAGAAUGCUGAUAGCAUGGAAUCAGACAGUUCUGCAUCUGACGAAGGUUCAACUCGUACUCCAGCCAAUUCUUUAUAUAUGAUGGAGAAAAGCAGCAAGAAAAAAUUGAUUGUGAAAGAUGGGAGGGUGGUUGGCAGAGCGAAGGCUCAGCGAAAGGAUAAAGGUAAAACUCGCAUCACAGCAUACAUGAUGUGGGCGAAGGAAGCGCGCAAUGAGCUGCUGCGCAAACACCCUGACAUGGACUUCUCAGCUAUAUCUAAACGAUUGGGUGAAAUGUGGGCCAAUGUGACAUACAGUGAGCGUUACUUGUGGCGUCGCAAGGCAAAGCGAUUCGCUAUGCAAAAAGAACAAGGCAACCAUACCAGCAAAAUUAUAUCCAACCCCAGCAUCCGCCCGCCAACGAACUCGGGCCCCGGUCGUCCGCCAUCUAAUCGAGCUCAGCCCAAGCAAUCACCAACUACUACACCACCUCAGCAAGCUUUGGUCCCGGUGUCGAGUAGCGGCGGGGCGGGCAUGUACCGCGUGACGGGCUGCGGCGCCGUGGAGGUGGCCGCGCACCUGCGGCUGCUGGGCGAGAGCCUCGCCAUCAUCGGCGAGCGGCUCAAGGAACACGAGGGCCAGAUCGCCGUGUCCGGGUCGGUGUCGGUGCUGUUGGACACGCUGCUGUGUUCGCUGGCGCCGCUGCUGGGUGUCGCUCGCGCUGUACCCGCCAUCGCGCCGCCGCCGCGCCUCCUGCAGGACACUCUGCACAACAUUGCUUACAUCAUGCCCGGCCUCUGAGGGCCACGCUCGAGACGAGGCAUACAACUCGGGAGAGCUUGUCCAGUUGUAAAUUUAUUGUCUUGUCGAACUUGAUAUAAGUAUUUAAAUAAAAGAAAAUUAUGAAA